GCUGUUUCAUCACCUCUUACAUCAGCAUAGGGAGUGUUGUGACAAGCCAGCUCUGACCAAGUACCUUGUUCGCCAUAUCUGGGCUCAACAGGACGCUCAGCUACCAUGUGCACUUUGUCAUAGGUCGCAAACUGACUACCACAAAGAUGGCUCCACCAGUUGGGCACACUUGAAACACCAGUGCAGCACACUCCUCAACCUGACCGGUGCCUUGGCCUUCACCCAGCCACGUACACCAAAUGGCACGGGAAUCGGUGAUCCAGGACGGCGACAAGAUGGACGAGAUGCAGGAGGCAUUCUUAGGUAUGCUAGAGUCUCAAAACGACGCCUUGACACAUCCGGAAAAGCGGCACCGGGGAGCGGACAGGGCUCCCAGGAAAGUUGCCAGCCCUCAGGACUCGAACACACCAGCCAAGAUGGAGAAGAUCGUCCAGCUGAUGUCGGCCUUGAUGAUCCGUCACGAGGACUCCUUGAAUGCGGCUGCUAUGCAAGAUCAGUACUUGAUCUUUUGCACACGGGGAGACAGAGGAGCAAUCCCACUCCUGCUGCGCCAAGCUCGGCAGUGGAAAGACAUGUCACCACAGCAGACAACACUUCCGCUGCGAUGUUGGCUGAUCCAGUCCCUCCUGGCCGAGCUACCAGAAGUUCAAGACUCAGAUGACGGCGGAGGACUUGAGACUGCAAGCAGUGAAAACAAAGGGGAUCACCGAGGACAUGGCCUUCCCCUACCUUCGUUGGAAUCCCUCCACCCGUCAAACGGAGGUGGACCAAGUUCCUCCACUGAGCCAAGUAGAGAUGGAGCAGAAGCUAGGACAGUUGCAGGAAGCUUUCAAAGAGAGCGCCAACUGCAUUCGCUUUCAUGCACUAGCCUCUCAGGAGUCUCAGGCAGAAGUGAUCCCAUGGCGGCUGCAGAUAUCGGUCCGCAACGACAGGUUGGCAUCCGUGAUGAAAAGUUUGUGCCACUCAUCCAUUUGGCUGCUCCUGUCGGCCAGGAUGCGGGAGCACGGCACUCAGCGCUCCAAGCUGGCACAGGAGCUGCAGCGGCUGACACAGACCAGACGCAGGACAUAGAUCCUCUCCAUCAGCUCCGCUUGCAUCGUCUUCGCUUGCUUCGUGACACUGAGUUUGAGAAUUUGGGGGACUGGUGCUACGCCAAUGCUAGCGCUGUGGGGCUUCUUUGGGCCACGCUCCAACGGAGCACUUUUUGCCUGGAAGAUCUGGGGGCACAGAUCCAUCCACUGGGGAAGUUGUUCAAAGACAUGGAAUCGUCCAGUCGCAUCGCACUGGCCGCCCAUUCCAGUCUGACCACUUUGUUUGGGGCGAGUUGAAACGGUUGGGGCCUCGUGACAUCUGUGAGUUCACCAAUGAGUGGCUGCUUUGGAUGCAAUCCCCAACUGUUUCAAUGGCCUGGGAUCGUCGCUUCUGCACCAGUGCAGGAGUUGAAAGCCACGAGCAGGGCCACAAGCACCAGCCGAUCGCGCUGGAUCAUUUGUUCGAACUCGCUCAAGAAAGGUAUACGAUCACGGAGCUUCUCCAACCAUGGCACAAGGGAGUAGGCAUGAUUGCAGCUUGCCUCAGCUCACAAGGACCCAAAUGUUGAUACAUCAACCGAUACGUCGAAACGACGUGCCUCCUAGGUCACUUUGCACACCUGGAGCUGAACGAGGAGAUUCAGGUAGGGGGGGGGCAGGCUUGGAGGUGACAUACCAGCCUCACAUUGCCGUAGUAUGCAUUGCGCACUUAGCAUCAUCCAUGCAAGGCC